AAGUUAGGGAUGUCAACGGGGCCCUGCGGGGCCGGGGACCCCUUCCCCAUCCCCGUCCCCAUGAGUCACGGGGACGGGGAUCCCCGCGGGGAUUUUUAACGGGAAGUAGAUUUUGCCCCCCGUCCCCGUUCCCCGCAGGGAUCCCCAUUCCCCACGAGGAACGGUAGCAAUAGCAAUGGAAGCAGAUGGCAGCAGAUGGCUUCGUAGCAGCAGCAAAUCGCUCUAGCAGUAGCAAAGCAGAUGGAUCCGAUCCGGCAGCAGGCCAGCGGCAACAAAGCAGAUGGAUCCUGUCCGAUAGCAGGCCAGCGGCAGAGCAGAUUCAUACAAGCAAUGAAUCAUUGAAUAUCAUUCACUUUUAGCAAAUUCAUACAAGUUUAAGCACCAAACAUCAAGAAAUUGCAGAAUAUGAAACAAAAACACCCAAGGCAAAAAUUUUGGAGAAAGGCAGAUCCAGAUAUGAAGGAGGGAUCCCAUGAUCGGAGAAAAUGGAGAAAGGGGGUUCUAGAUGGGAGAAGAAUCAAGUGAUGACCGGUGAUGUAGGUGGAAGCUAUUGAUCGGAGGAAAAAUUUGAGAAAGGGGUUCUAGAUGGGAGAAGAAUCCAGCUUUUUCUUUUUUUUCUUCUUUUUUUUUUGCCGUCUGCAGCCUUUUUUGCCGUCCGCAGCCACAGUGGCUCCCCCUUUUUAAGGAGAAAGGAAAAGUAGGGUUUUUUGGGUUUGGGUUUUAAUGGGUUAAUUUGUGAAAGUGGUUAUUGGGCUCAAUAUUUGGGUUUGGGUCAGAUUUAUUGAUUAGGGUUAAAUGUAGGGGAAUGGGGUGGGUUGGGUUGGGAGUUGGGUUGGGUUGGGUUGGAUUGGAUAGUAUUGGGUUAAGUUUAAUUGUAAUUGGAUUGGAUUUCAGUUUGGAUUUGGGUUUGGGUUUGGGUUUAGGUUUGAGUUUAAAGAAUAAAUUAAUUUUAAAAUA